UCCCUGCCUCCCCCCGGCCCUGCCUGGCCCGCCGGCGCCCUCCGAGCGAACUUCUUCCGCCAUGGAGCCCCCGGGGAUGGACUAUUUCUGCGCCCAGGUGCAACAGAAGGACGUGGGCCGCAGGCUGCAGGUCGGCCAGGAGCUGCUGGAGUACCUGGGCGACCCCGCCCGCUCCCCCGACGUGGAGCAGGACCAGCAGCGCCUCGACAAAGUGAUCGACGAGCUGGCGGCUUGGGUCAACUCCAGCAACUUUAAGGUGGCGUUACUGGGAUUAGAUGUUUUAGGUGCCUUUGUCCACAGACUAUCGGGACGCUUUAAAUCCUACAUAGGAACUGUUCUCCUGCCUUUGAUAGAUCGUAUGGGAGAUGCCAAAGAUCAAGUUCGAGAGCAAGCACAGAAUCUCAUAUUGAAGCUGAUGGAUGAGGCAGCACCGCCCAUGUACAUUUGGGAACGCCUUGCUGCUGGUUUUAAGCACAAGAAUUACCGAUCCCGAGAAGGAGUGUGUUUGUGUCUUAUUGCAACCUUAAACAUUUAUGGUGCCCAACCAUUAAGUCUCAGCAAGUUAGUACCACAUCUGUGUGCAGCAUUUGGUGACUCAAAUAGUCAGGUGAGAGAUGCUGCCAUACUAGCCAUUGUGGAGGUUUAUAGACAUGUGGGGGAGAAAGUACGACUAGAUCUUACAAAAAGGGGAAUUCCUCCUGGAAGGUUGCAAACAAUCUUUGCAAAAUUUGAUGAAGUGAGAGAUUCUGGAAAUAUGAUUUUAAGUAACAUCAGUGACAAAAGCUUCGAUGAUGAAGAGUCGGUGGAUGGAAAUAGGCCAUCGUCAGCUGCUUCAGCCUUCAAGAUUCCUGCACCUAAAAAGCCAGGAAAUCCUUCCAACAGUGCAAGGAAGCCGGGUUCUGCUGGUGGGCCGAAGGUUGGAGGUUCCUCUAAAGAAGGAGGAGCUGGAGCUGUGGAUGAAGAUGAUUUUAUUAAGGCAUUUACAGAUGUUCCUACUGUACAGAUCUAUUCGAGUCGAGAACUUGAAGAAACGUUGAACAAAAUCAGGGAAAUCCUCUCAGAUGACAAACAUGAUUGGGAUCAACGAACCAAUGCGCUCAAGAAAGUUCGGUCGUUGCUUGUUGCUGGAGCUGCACAGUAUGAUGGAUUUUUCCAGCACUUACGGUUGUUGGACGGUGCGUUUAAGCUGUCAGCCAAGGAUCUCAGAUCCCAGGUGGUUAGAGAAGCUUGUAUUACUGUAGCCCAUCUUUCAACUGUUUUGGGAAACAAGUUUGAUCAUGGCGCUGAAGCUAUCGUGCCUACUCUUUUUAAUCUGGUGCCCAACAGCGCCAAAGUGAUGGCAACUUCUGGGUGUGCAGCCAUUAGAUUCAUUAUUCGGCAUACCCAUGUGCCCCGACUCAUACCUUUAAUAACAAGCAACUGUACCUCAAAAUCGGUUGCCGUUAGAAGGCGCUCCUUUGAAUUUUUAGACCUGUUAUUACAAGAGUGGCAAACACAUUCUUUGGAAAGGCAUGCAGCUGUCUUAGUUGAAACAAUCAAGAAAGGCAUUCAUGAUGCUGAUGCAGAAGCAAGAGUGGAGGCAAGGAAGGCUUAUUUGGGUCUUAGAAAUCACUUUCCUAGUGAAGCAGAGACUCUGUACAAUUCCCUUGAGCCGCCUUAUCAAAGAAGCCUCCAGACGUACUUGAAGAAUUCUGGCAGUAUAGCAUCUCUCCCUCAGUCAGACAGGUCAUCUUCUAGCUCACAGGAGAGCCUCAACCGUCCUCUAUCUUCUAAAUGGUCUGCAGCCAGCCCAGCCAGCUUUGCAGGCAGAGUUUCGGGCAGCAGCAAGAGUGUUCCAAGCCCAGGAACUCUGCAAAGGUCUCGCAGUGACAUUGAUGUUAAUGCUGCUGCAGGGGCAAAGGCUCGCCAUGCUUCUGGACAGACAGCUGGAGCUGGGCGCUUGUCAGCAGCUGGUCUGCCUCCAGGAUCUUACGCUUCACUAGAGGAUACUUCUGACAAGAUGGAUGGAACAGCUUCUGAAGAUGGUCGUAUACGAACAAAGCUUUCAACACCUUCUGUUGGUAUUGGAAAUUCUAAAACAGAUUCCAGAGGACGGAGUAGAACCAAAGUGGUCUCUCAGUCUCAGCCUGGCAGUAGAUCUGGAUCUCCUGGAAGAGUUUUGACAACAACUACACUUUCCACUAUGAACACAGGGGUUCAGAGAGUGUUAGUGAACCCUGCAGCUGCACAGAAACGAAGCAAAAUCCCAAGAAGUCAGGGAUGCAGUAGAGAAGCUAGUCCUUCUAGAUUGUCAGUAGCACGAGGCAGCCGCAUUCCUCGGCCUAGUGUGAGUCAGGGGUGCAGUCGGGAGGCCAGCCGUGAAAGUAGCAGGGACACGAGCCCUGUCCGCUCUUUUCCACCCCUUGCUUCCAGACAUCACUCCAGAUCCACUGGUGCCCUCUACGCUCCUGAUGCUUAUGGGGCUACAGGUACCAGCUUUGGAAUUAGUCAGUCAAGUAGACUGUCCUCAUCAGUUAGUGCUAUGCGAGUUCUGAACACGGGUUCUGACGUGGAAGAGGCAGUAGCAGAUGCUUUGAAGAAGCCCGUGCGAAGAAGAUACGAGUCUUACGGGAUGUACUCAGAUGAUGAUGCCAACAGUGAUGCAUCAAGUGCCUGUUCAGAAAGGUCCUACAGUUCUAGGAAUGGAAGCAUACCAACAUAUAUGAGACAGACAGAAGAUGUGGCUGAAGUCCUAAAUCGCUGUGCUAGCUCCAACUGGUCAGAGAGAAAAGAAGGCCUUCUGGGCCUGCAAAAUUUGUUAAAGAACCAGAGAACUUUAAGUCGUGUUGAGUUGAAAAGGCUGUGUGAAAUCUUCACAAGAAUGUUUGCUGAUCCUCACAGUAAGAGAGUGUUCAGUAUGUUUUUGGAGACUCUGGUGGACUUCAUCCAGGUCCAUAAAGAAGAUCUGCAGGACUGGCUAUUUGUACUGCUGACCCAGCUACUGAAGAAAAUGGGCGCUGAUUUGCUUGGGUCUGUACAAGCAAAAGUUCAGAAGGCACUUGAUGUCACAAGGGAAUCUUUUCCAAAUGAUCUUCAGUUUAGUAUUUUAAUGAGAUUUACUGUCGACCAGACCCAAACACCUAGUUUGAAGACAGUCAAGCCAGCACUGCAGGACCAGCUUCGCUCUUUUUGGAGCUCCAAGGUAAAAGUUGCAAUUCUUAAAUACAUAGAGACUCUUGCACAACAGAUGGAUCCAGGGGAUUUUGUAAAUUCAAGUGAAACUAGGUUAGCAGUGUCUCGAAUCAUCACCUGGACCACAGAACCUAAAAGCUCAGAUGUUAGGAAGGCUGCACAGUCAGUACUCAUUUCCCUUUUUGAACUUAAUACUCCUGAGUUUACAAUGCUGCUGGGUGCUUUACCAAAAACAUUUCAGGAUGGAGCCACAAAGCUUCUUCAUAAUCAUCUCCGAAAUACAGGCAACAGUGGUCAGGGUUCAAUGGGAAGUCCUUUGACAAGACCUACUCCACGCUCCCCAGCAAGCUGGUCAAGUCCUCUCACCUCCCCAACUAAUACAUCGCAGAACACUUUGUCACCAAGUGCAUUUGAUUAUGAUACAGAAAACAUGAAUUCCGAAGAUAUUUACAGUUCUCUCCGUGGAGUCACUGAAGCUAUUCAGAACUUCAGUUUCCGCAGUCAGGAGGAUAUGAACGAACCUGUGAAACGGGAUUCAAAAAAAGAUGAUGUUGAUUCAAUUAGCAGUGCUUCUGGAAUAGCAGAGCUACGAGCAGGAGGUGGUGUGAGUGAGACAGGCCGAACAGCUCUUGAUAACAAGACGUCGUUACUCAACACAAUGCCUCCUCACUCUUCACCACGCUCACGAGAUUAUAACCCAUACAAUUAUUCUGAUAGUUCGUUUAAUAAAUCUGCUUUGAAGGAAGCCAUGUUUGAUGAUGAUGCAGAGCAAUUUCCUGAUGAGCCUCCCAUGGAUCAUUCUGAUCUAGUUGCAGAGUUACUAAAAGAGUUAUCAAACCAUAACGAGAGAGUGGAGGAAAGAAAGGCUGCCCUGUAUGAGCUCAUGAAGUUAACUCAAGAAGAGUCUUUUGGUGUUUGGGAUGAGCACUUCAAAACAAUUCUGCUUUUGCUGCUUGAAACACUUGGAGACAAAGAGCAUGCAAUCAGAGCUUUGGCAUUGAAAGUUCUAAGAGAAAUCCUAAGGAAUCAGCCAGCAAGGUUUAAGAAUUAUGCAGAGCUCACAAUAAUGAAGACAUUAGAAGCGCAUAAGGAUCCUCAUAAGGAGGUGGUGAGAUCUGCUGAAGAAGCUGCUUCCAUGCUGGCCACUUCCAUUAGCCCAGAUCAGUGCAUCAAAGUCCUUUGUCCAAUUAUCCAGACUGCAGAUUACCCAAUUAAUCUGGCUGCAAUCAAAAUGCAAACAAAAGUCAUAGAGAGAGUAUCUAAAGAAACCCUUACUCAGCUUUUACCAGAGAUUGUGCCAGGUUUAAUACAGGGUUAUGAUAAUUCAGAGAGCAGUGUUCGUAAGGCAUGUGUUUUCUGCCUUGUAGCCAUUCAUGCAGUAAUUGGUGAUGAACUAAAACCACAUCUCAGUCAACUCACUGGCAGUAAAAUGAAGUUAUUGAACCUUUACAUCAAGCGUGCACAAACAGGCUCUGGACCAGGGGAUACGACAGCAGAUAUGUCUGGACAAAGCUAAUGAAGCUGACAAGAAUUAACCAGCUCUCCUGAAGCAAGGGCAAAGCCCUCAUCAAGUGAAAGGAAAAUUCUUACACACAACUUUUGGAACCCUGGUUUCUUUUUCUUUUUUCCUUUUCUUUUCUUUUUUUUUUUUUUUUCCUUAACCAACGGCUGUCUUCAGCCUGCAUGUGACUGUUGCAAUAGAAUUAUUCCAAAUCUAAGGAAAAGCAGUAUUAACAUCAGUUGGUCAAAGCAGAAUAAAUUUUAAAAAUAAUCUAAUUCAUCAGCUAUCCUGUUACGAUCCUCUGUGUCUUCCCAUUAACUUUUGCCAGUGUUAUUGUAUUAAAAAAAGUUUUUUUUUAAUGCUAAUUAUACAGGUAUGCUUUAAGCUUCAGAAGUUAAAAUAUAAAAUUCUGUUGCUUUUUUUCAGCUGCAGAUAACACUGUUUUUAUUGCUAUUUUGUUUGAGUAUUGUGUCCUUCGCUAGAAACAAGAAGUGAUGUGAAACUAGGCCAAACUAGUCUGGACUGCAGUGAGACUCAGUCACUGUUGGUGGUUCAUCAUCUUAUUUACAGCUUGUUUGGGAUAUUCUGGAGAUUGAGAAGUAUGCCUAUAAAAAGCUGGAUCGAUCCAGUUCUGUACAAGUGAUAUUGUUCAUUGGUUGUAUGUUUGUUGCAUAAAUAAGAAUUUUGUGUGCACAGCAGAGGACUGGUGCCACCAGUGCCUCUUGGUGUGGGAGACAGCCCUGCCGACCUGGUGACAGAGUGGCAGUCUGCUUUUAGCAGCAGACUUAAUGGUCACUUGAUGGACGUGAACCAUCCUUGCCACCUUUCCUUCUUCAAGCAGGAUGCUUCAGAAUGGAGUGCUCUGCCCAAGCAUGCUCAGUAUGUAUUUAUCACUAGAAUGUUUCCUCUCAACCUAAUUGCUGGAACCAGUAGUCUUGUAUUGUAACUCACAUGGGAUUUUAUGACAACAGUGCAGAAAACUAUUUAUUCGUUAUCUUCCUAAAAGCACCAAGAUUUUCUGCAUUGAAUUUUAUUGGGGGGGAGGGAAUAGUCACAAAUGCUAUCGAUCUUGCCACCUUCUAAUUUAAAAAAUUAUAUAUUUUGGAUGAGUUGGGAAAGCUGCACCGAAUGUUUGCAUGGUUUUCUUGAAUAGCAUCCUCAAGACCCAUCUGGAUUAAGGUGUGGAAAUGUUUCCAGGGUUUGUUCUUCCAUUUUUGAAAAAGAGUUAGUUUAUUGUGAAUAAUGGUUCUUUGUAUUUAUGAACUUGAUAAUGGAAAGAGAAAACAGGUCAACUAAAUGUGUCCCUAAACGUUCUCAUCUUUUUAUUUUUUCUUUUUCUUUUUUUUUUUUUUUCCUUUUCUUUUUCUGUCUUUGAUAUAAGCAACAAGUUAGUUAACUGAGAACUGGGAUAAGCAGCACCCUUCCCAGAAAUGAUGGAAACUCUUUUUCCCUAGCUUUUCUUUCCCUUUGAUUGUGGUGUUGUCUAGUUGUAGGAAUAUAUCCUGAUAAGAGAGAACAUUGUAGUGCCAAGGAUGAUGAUCAAUGCUAGGCUAAAAUUCUCUCUACCUCUUCAGGGUGACUAAUUUUUGGCUGAGCUGCUGCAUGUAGCACCCGGUGGAAGAACUAUCUACAAAGUCUUUGUUUUUCCCAAAUUAUCACUUACUGCAUAUUGAAAACUGUUCUUCAACACACAGCCAAAUAUUGCAAGAGCCGCUUAUACACUUUGCUUGCUAAGUACCCUGAAAACCAAAACUGAGUGAAAAACUGUCAGAUGCUUGUAGUUACAUGAAAGGUUGUUUUCACUUUAGUUUGAAGUGAAUCAGAGAAAAGCUGAGAUGUUGUUGUUAAAGAAGCAAUGCUGUUACAGAGAUUUAUUUGGAGGAAAAGUUGUAGAAAUAUAUGUAAAGACUUCAAGGCUGUCAUAACCUGUCACUAGCCCUUCUUAACAGCUACGUCAGGAAAAUAGUAUCUCCUCUUUCUUUCCUUUGUUACGUGUAACAUUCUUGUUGUUUUCUACCAUUUAAUUACAUUGUGUAUUUAUAGUUCUCUGCUUACCAUUGUGCAUAUACUGGCAAUAAAAUGUACAUAACAUGACUUGAAAAAAAUUAGCCAUGUAUA